CAGAAAACCAAAAGGAAAACUACAAUUUAAACACAUUUUUGGUUUCCAUGCUCAUAUAUGUCCUGAUAGUGUUGAACUGGUCUCUGAAAACUGUGAACUCAGCACAAUGUUCCUUUCUGACCUAACUCCAUGAAAUUAACCUCUUGAUCCCACCUGGGCACAGGACAAGGUACAGACAGAAAGGACCUUUCCUAUGCUAAUAAAAGUCUCUCAUCAGCAGAAAGCUUUCACUUUUCCCUGAGUGGCCUGAGAACACAGAUCUUUUAUGCUGUGGUGAUGGCGUUCUGGGCUUCUGUGCUCAUAGUCCUGGUGACCACUGUCCUGGUGGUGCUGUACAGGUUGGGAGCCCUCCGCCAGAGGAGAGUCAAUGAGCCCCCUCUGGACAAAGGCCUCAUCCCCUGGCUGGGCCAUGCCAUGGACUUUUGUAAGGAUGCCUCCAGUUUCCUGAAGAGGAUGCAAGAACGUCAUGGGGACAUCUUCACUGUCCAGAUGGCUGGUAGAUACAUCACCUUUGUCACAGAUCCCUUCUCUUUUGAUGCCAUCCUGAAGGAGAGCAGAAGCAGGCUGGACUCUUCCAAUUUGAUAUCUGGUUUGGUGUUCAAAGUCUUUGAAUUCCAAGGACAGGAAUGUCAUGGAAAUAUCAUGCACAAUUCUACCCCAAAGUACUUGAUGGGUACUGGUUUAGUUGGUUUGACCCAGGCCAUGAUGGACAACCUGCAGAUCCUGAUGCUAGAACCUGAUGCUGGUAGGAGAUCAGGACCUCAAGAGUGGAAGCAGAAAGGGCUAUUUCAGUACUGCUGCAACACUGUUUUUAGAGCUGGUUACCUGGCCUUGUUUGGGCACUUACCUACUAAUGGCAAAGCAGACCAUGCUCAGGACCUGCUCCAAUCCCAGAAAGUCUUUGAGGAAUUCAGGAACCUUGAUACUCUCUUUCCCCAGGCAUUUUAUUCUGUGCUCCUACCCAAGGAGAAAGAAGAAAUGAGGAGACUCAGACAUUUCUUCUGGGAUAUUCUCUCUCCCCAGCACAUCUUGGAGAGGGAUGAUGUGAGUGCAUGGAUCCGUUCUGCUCAGGAGCAGCAGGUGGAAGAGGGAGUAUCUGAGAAAGCACAGAGCCAGUUUAACCUAUUAAUGCUUUGGGUUUCCCAGGGCAGCACAGGUAUUGUAUCCUUCUGGGCCCUCCUCUUUCUCCUAAAGAAUCCUGAAGCUCUGAAAGCUGUGAGGGAGGAGGCAGAAGGAGUCCUCAGGAAAAUGGGGCAGGAGAUGAGACCAGGUGAGGCUCCCAUCAGUGUUGAGUAUAGCAUGUUACAGCAGACCCCAGUGCUGGACAGUGUCAUGGAGGAGACAUUACGCCUGGUAACCACUCCUUUCCUCACCAGGACUGUGAAGGAGGACUUGAUCCUGAAAAUGGAUGGUGGCAAGGAGUAUGCCCUCCGCCAGGGCGAUGAAGUGUCCAUCUUCCCCUAUCUUUUCCUCCAUAGGAACCCAGAAAUCUACCCAGACCCCACUGCAUUCAAAUAUGAUCGUUUCUUGAACCCUGAUGGCAGCAGAAAGGUAGUUUUCUACAAGCAAGGGAGAAAGCUCAAGCCACACAUGUUGCCAUGGGGUGCUGGUAUCACUAUCUGUCCUGGGAGAUUCUUUGCCCUCAAUGAGAUGAAAAUGUUUGUGUUCCUGAUGGUCACACAAUAUGACAUAGAGUUAGUUGAUCAGGAUGUGAAGAUCCCUUCAAUAGAUCUAAAGCGGUUUGGAAUUGGUGCCACCCAGCCAAUACAGGAUGUUCAGUUCCGAUAUCGAAUACGCUUCUAG